UCUUGAGAAACACAAUUCUCUGAACCCUCAUUCAUAUUCUACUAUUUUUUAUUCUUAAGCCCAGCUGUAUAAAUAGUCAGCUCAAAAUUACAAAAUAUCGCUUUACAGUUUAGUCAAGAUGCGUCCACUGAUUGCAUUGUUACUAUUGAUAACAGCUUGGAAAAGUAGCCUAUCAGAUCCUAUACUACCCCGUUCCUAUGAAAACUAUUCAGUGUACAAGGUUUUCAUAAAAACUCGUUCGGAUCAACAGGUUAUCGAUGGACUGCUGAAGGACACAGACAAUUAUAACUUGUGGCAUCGUGGCUUAAAGCUAGUCCACAUAAUGGUGAGCCUUAUGGGAAAAGAUUCUUUCCUAGCUUUAAUGCGAAAGGAAAAUAUUGUUGUGGAAGUACUGAUAAAAAAUGUUCAGACACUUAUUGAUAGGUACUGACGUGUCGUUGUUUAUCUAAUUUUUAUCCCAUUUAAGCAGUGAUCUUGAACUAUGCAAUAUCAUGAACAAAACUUAAUGCUAAAAUGUGAACGAUGCAGCCUAAUGGUAUGCUUCACAUUAAAUAUGAUCUGGUUUUAGAUUUGAAAGACUUCCAAAAAUAUAUUUUGUAUACCUUUGUGCUCUAACAUUAUCUAAAAAUUAUUGUCAAAUGUGGUC